UGCAGAGGAGGACGAGCCUUCAGCGCGCUCUCUCUCUCUCUCUCUCUCUCUCUCUCUCUCUUUCUCUCUCUCACACACACACACACACACACACACGGUGGAAAAAUUCUGGGCAGCUGGUGAGCCGGUGAAGGCACCAUGGUCGUGUCGUUGCGGAGCUGGGUCGCCAACGAGGGAGGGAAGCACUUUGUCCUGAUGCUGUGGCUGGGGGCAAACACCUGGCUCUUUAUGAAGACCUUCCUGCUGUACUUCACUGGACAGCAGUAUCACUACCUGUACAAGAUGCUGGGGCUGGGGAUGUGCAUCAGCAGGGCGUCUGCGUCCGUUCUGAACCUGAACUGUAGCCUGGUGCUGCUGCCCAUGUGUCGCUCCCUGCUCACCUUUGUCCGAGGGACGCACACGGUAUCGAGCAGAGAGACUCGCAGACUGCUGGACAAGAGCAAGACCUUUCAUGUGGCGUGUGGGGUUUCCAUAUGCAUCUUCUCAGUUGUGCACGUGUCCGCCCACCUGGUGAAUGUUGUCAACUUCAGCGUGAGCUACUCAGAGGACUUUCCUGCUCUCAAUCUGGCUCGCUACAAAGGAGAGGACCCCAAGCUGAUCAUUUUGACCACAAUCCCAGGAGUCACAGGCCUCUUCCUGGUUCUCAUCCUCUUCCUGAUGUUCACAUCCUCCUCCUACUGCGUACGUUUGUCCAACUAUGAGAUCUUCUGGUACACACACAACCUCUUCAUUGUUUUCUACGUCAUCCUCAUGGUGCACAUGGUCGGAGGAGCCCUGAAGUAUCAGACCAACAUCGAGGCCCACCCUCCCGGCUGCCUCACAGCCAAUCAGAGCCGCACAAGCCAGCAGGGCGACGACCUGGAGCGGCGUGAGGAUGAAGAGAGGCGAUGUGGAGAGGAAGCUCACUUCCAGCCACACUACCCCCAGACGUGGCUGUGGGUGUCCGGUCCGCUCUGUCUUUACUGCGCCGAGCGCUUCUACCGCUACGUCCGCAGCAGCGACCCUGUUACCAUAGUGACGGUCAUCCGGCACCCUUGCGAUGUGGUCGAGUUGCGCAUGCUUAAGAAGAAUUUCAAAGCUCGUCCCGGUCAGUAUGUUGUUCUUAACUGUCCAGGUGUCUCUUCAUUUGAGAACCAUCCCUUCACGCUCACAACGUGUCCCACAGACAACAAGGAAACCUUUGGCAUCCAUCUUCGAGUUGUGGGAGACUGGACUGAGCGCUUCACACAGAUGUUACUUCCUCAACCAAGGAUGGACUUGGAGAUCCUUCCAACGGUGCAACAAAGGAGAUAUCCCAAGCUUUACAUUGACGGCCCCUUUGGGAGUCCGUCAGAGGAAGUGUUCAACUACGACGUCAGUGUUUGUGUUGCCGGUGGAAUCGGAGUCACGCCGUUCGCCUGCGUGCUGCAUGCUCUGCUGGACGGCUGGACGGGUUUCAGGCUGCAGAGGUUGUACUUUGUGUGGGUCUGCAGGGAGCUGCAGUCCUUCUACUGGUUUGCUGAACUGCUGUGUGCUCUCCAUCACAAGCUUUGGCAGGAAAACAGACCAGACUACUUCAAUCUAAAACUUUACGUCAGUCAGAAAGACAACCUACAGAGCAUGUCCGAGGAGAAGUACCGUCCGCUCACCUCAAGGCUUCUGGUUGGUCGACCCAGGUGGAAGUUACUGUUUGAUGAAAUCGGGAAGAACAACAAGCAUAAGCGAGUCGGGGUUUUCUGCUGUGGACCAAAGGGAAUCUCCAAGACUCUCCACAAACUGUGUAACUCAGCCCGAUCCUCUGGAACAACCUUUGAAUUCAACAAGGAGUCCUUCAGCUGAUCGAACCGCUGAUCCUAGCAUAAAACCGCUCAGAAGAACUUGUAUAUAGAUAAACUGUAUUAUUAUUAUUUCUCACGCAUCACUGCCCAUGGUUACAAAAGGACCGACAGGACAAGACUUUAACAUGCAGCUUUAGGCCCGUUCCUCUAUACAUUUCAUCUAGUCCGACCCCGCACUGAUUCUCAACCCUUCGGCUUCAACAUCUGAUCCUUUCAACCUCUGAGAACAGCUGAAGAGAAGAACCCACUGCUCUGUGUUUUCUGAAGCUGCUGUUGGAUUCUCUCUUCCUUUCCCUGACGCACCCCCCCCCCCCCCCCCCUCCCUGUGGAGUCAAUUGUUUUUCUCAUGCUGGUGUGUAAUGUGAGAAAAAUGUCUGGCACAUCCAUGACGGAAAUACACAAGAUAACAAUGUAAAGAAGAUAGUAUUCAUCUUAAGGUGCACCAGGGCUGGAACGUCACACAGGAACCAAGAUGAACAAUUUUCGUGUUAGCCAAACAUAAUUUGACCUUUAUUUGACACCAAAUGAGCUGUACCAACCAAAAAGCAUCUGAAUGUCCACCUCAUGGAAUUAGGAUUUGUAGACAGCUUUUUUGCACCCCCCCCCCCCCCCCUCACCACCCGAGAACAAACACUUCUUGUUUUUGAGCUGCAAACUAUAACUACAGUAUUUCAUUGGUCCCCGCGACCGUCACUCAUCAGAAUCUGCAUUUUCUGGCUCAUAUUAGAGGAAAGGGGUGGACUCACUUGACGUGUUCUUUAUUAUCGUUUUCUUGUUCAUCCGUUCAUGUAUGUGCAUCAAAAGCCUGUUUUUAUUCAAAGCACAAACCAGGCCAGUAUUCUUAGGUAGUUGUUUUUCAAAUUUAUUUAUAUUGUGAAAGGUUUUGUAUCUUAUUUGAAAAAAAAAAAAAAAUCUGUGGGGCUUAAGCAAUUUCUCUACAAAUAAAGGUG